AUGGAUAACAGCUUGACCGUCAGACUCUUUGUACGAACGCAGACGUACGACAUUUCGUGCGAUCCGCGGCAGCCAGCCAAGUGGCUACUGAUGCAGGCUAAGAACAUUCAACGCUCUAGUCAGAAACAGACAUCACAGGAGGAGGAGCUGGAGGUAUUGUAUAACCGUACAACCCGUCGUGUAAUCAAUUUAGAAGACUCAAUUGGCAGCAGUAUAUCUUCUAUGGACGUUGUCGAUGCUCGCACGCUGCUUCAGACACCGGACACUUCAUGCAAUAGUGCAAUGUUUCCGUGGUUGCGCUCGUAUGCGGGUGGAUUGCUGUCAUCUGAUAAAAUUGAUUCAUCCAAUGGUCUUUUCUUUCAACAACUAUAUGCUUUCACACUGAUUGGUAAGCGCACGCCUGUGAGUGCGUCUCAGCGUAAGCAAAAGGAGGAUCAGGAUAAUUUUUUGUCAUUACUGCAUACCUACGUUAUGGGAUCUUACGACCGAGAUUAUAUACCACAGCCGCAACCAACAGGUACUCGAAGACUAACUGCACCAUCGUCGCCUAUGUACCGUCCGCACUAUGACCCAAACGGCUUUUCAGACUCAGGAUCGGACAGCAGCGUAGAGGAGUCGCCAUCGUAUCCGACCUACUUUUCAGCAAACGAUUAUACAAAGCCUCAACGUACACUCAUAUCACCGAGUCCGGUGAAGCGCAUGAUCGUUGAUGCCGUUCCGGAAAGCGCACCGGAGUGGAAACUCAUUCAGAAUUCGCAAUACGGGAUCAUCAAUCGCGACGGCGGCAAGUACAUCGAGCCAACCGGCCUCAUUCCCUGCGAGUUGGAGUGUGAAGCUGAAGACCCCUAUUUGCUGAUGUACUGUUUUCCUGUAUCGCCAAAUUGCUAUGACAUUCUUCAGGAUGAGGGAUCUGACUCGACCCUCCCACCUGAUGUUGAUCUGGAAGCUGGUGAGCAAGACGGGGAUAACGAUGGAAUGAUCACCCCGGUAUCUGGCUUUACUGCUUCGUCUGGUCUUUUGCCGUAUGAGGAAGAGGCUCGUGCACUGAAAAGUGCUCGUACCCUCGCUCUUAAAGUAAAAGAAGUUUCGAUAUAA